AUGACCAGUUAUGUGCCAGAAAGGGACAUCGCGAUAGACGAGUCUCUGAUUGGCUGGAAAGGGAGAUUGGGCUGGAAACAAUACAUACCUUCUAAACGAAAGAGGUUUGGCAUCAAACUAUUCGCUUUAUGUGAAACUUCUGGUUAUAUGUAUAAUUUUAUCCUCUAUACAGGUGCUGAUACGAUUUAUGAAGCACAGCAUUCUCAGGAACCAGUUACAUCAAGGAUAGUUUUAUCCCUUGUUGAUUCGCUACUUGACAAAGGGUAUCGAUUUUUUCUAGACAAUUACUACACAAGUGUUGACUUGGUUCACAAAUUAGUAAAACAAAGAACAGACUGUGUGGGAACAAUUCGAGCAAACAGAAAAGGUAUCCCUAAAGAUUUACAAGUGAAAUUAUCUAAAGGACAGUCUGUUGCUAGAUACAAUAGAAAAAUUAUGAUACAAACAUGGCAUGACAAGAAGGAUGUGUUAAUGAUAACUACCCUUCACGAUAAAACUAUGGAAAAGGUCUUGACUAAAAAGGGUGAAAUUGAGAAACCCACUUGUGUACUAGAGUACAAUAAAAAAAUGGGCGGGGUGGAAUUAGCCGAUAAUUAUUUGCACUACUAUGGAACGGCAAGGAGUAGAGUAAAAAAAUACUACAUGAAAAUGUUCUGA